CAGACCUUACCAAUGAGCAUGCGCGAAGUCAGACAUCUUCAGCUGUACGUUUCAUCUCAAUAAAUGCUCGGUUAUUCUUUAGGCAGCUUUCUGAGGCUCCAAAUUAAGUUGUCUGCUGUCCUAAAACCGGAUCACAUUCGAGAAUGUGUGCAGCAACUAGAAGACGGCCAUCAGCGUCCUCAACACGAAGAAGUCGCUCACGCCAUCAAUUUUCUCCAGAACACGCGAGCCAUGUGCGCAGGAGAUGCUCAGUAUUUGUCCCUACUGAGAGACUUACUCAGCGGAAGAAGUUCUGAAGCAGUCGAGCUUAUUGAUGAGUACAUAGAAAGUCAAAGUGACAGUAGGAACGAACCGCUGCCAUUUAAUGUGUCAAGAGAAUUGAAUUAUUGGAGAGAAGAAGGAUAUGGAGAUCCUCAGGCUUACAACAGUAUGCUCAUGCGUUUAUACGAUCGUAUUGGACCGCGCAACCUGCGUAUUAUGGUAGCGACGAGUCCUCUCAAUGAGAAAAGGCGGGAUGAUGUGGAAAGUGUUGAACAAUUUUUGCGCAUGCUGGGUGACAUGGGUGUGGUCGGGCCGGACAACCUUCAGUUGCUGAUUGACUGGUGUAUGGAACUUAGGAUGGAGUGGAGUCUGUUGGAUUUGGUUGAGUAUUGGAGCUCAUCCGGUGAGUCAAAGGCAUACUUGAGUGAACAGAAUCGAGGUGAACUGCAUGGAAGUCAACUGCAUGGAAGUCGCAGACUGUCUGAUGAUAGGUCACAAGAGCCAUCAGCUGUUUUUGCUUCGAGCUCAACUGUUAUAGCUCCAAGAGCUAUUAAGUAUGCUGAUCAUGGAUUAAGCAGACCAGAAUAUGCUAGUAAUGCUGCAGCAUCGUCAGUUCGACCUAUGUCAAUUCUGGAAGGAACGGUACCUCGUAGCCAAGACAUUCCACACAUCCCUCACUGGGCUCAAACAUUUAGUGAGUCGUCUACAGCACAAGCAAAUGCAGAGAUAAAGGAACCAACAGUUGUUUUUGGUUUGAGCUCGACUUGUCCAACUCCAAGAGCUGUUAGGUAUGCUGAUUAUGGAUCGAGCAUGCCCAAAUGUGCUAAUAAUGCUGCAGUGUCAUCAGUCCAAGAAGAAUUGUCUCCUACAUCUCAUGCAGGUUGGCAACCGAUGUCAAGGCUAGAAGGAACUGUACCUCAUAGUCGAGAGAUUCCACACAUCACUCACUUGCCUCAGACAUUUAAGUCGUCAUUAGUGCAACCUACUGAUCACCAGGUAUCUCUGCCUUCUCUUACAUCUGCACACAAAGAAAUGGAAAAAUCUAACAUCCCAACUGAGACAACAAAUUAUGUGACUAUGUUAAGUGGUCAAGGAUCUCCCCAUUUACCGGCUGAAUCAGCCAUGACAACAACUGUUGAGGAAGUGAUGACAGCGAGCAGUCAUUCGAAUACUACCUCACCCAUUGCCAAGCAACUGCCUGGUCAUCACCAUCGCCAAGCAGAGAAUCGACUUUAUCCAUCACUAGAAGAAUUUCAGAAACAAGAUACAGUCAAUAACAAGACUGAUCUAAAGGGGAAGAAAAGACAUUUAAUAUCGACAGAAGUAUCACACCCCAAGCGCAUGAAGGACAGAGAAACGCAUCGGAACUCUGAUUAUCAAGGAAAUGAAAGUUCUGAGGACAGCGAUUCAAGCUAUAUAUUCGAGUCUGCCAAUGAGUCUUUAGAUGAACAUGAUGACGAAGGCAAUGAAUCAGAAAGCAUUCAAGCACAAGCACAACAGAUGAAGCAAACGAAAAAGUCAGCUUCAGGUGCAAGUAUAGACUCCAAGAGUCGGGAUAAUAAAAACAACAAAAAUCAUUGCUCAAGUGAAAUUGAAAGAGAGGAAGGAAGUGACUAUGAUGGAGAUGAAGAUGCCAACCAACAUGAAAGUAAUUCGGAUUAUGAAGAAGAAACUAGCAGUAGAGAUGAGGAUAAUCAAAAUGAUGAACAUGAAAACCCAUCAGACAAAUCAGCAGCCAGUGCCAUCAACAAAACCAGUAGAUUCAGACAAUUGUUUGGUGGAAUCAAAAGUUACUUAGGAUGGAAUAAAAAGUAA